AGUCUCCACCAGGGGGCACAGCCCAGGGCAGGCAGGCUCACUCCAAACACUCCGCUCCUUCUCCUCGUACCAUGAGCUGAAUCUGUCCGGGACAGACCAGGGAAGAUGGCGGCCACUGACCAUUCCCGGUCCGAAGCUGCCAAACAGCGACGGCAGGAUCAGCUGCAGCGAUGGCUGGGCUCGGAGACGGAUCGGACGCUAUCGGAGAACCGGGAAACUUCGAGCGGUUCCGGGACGCGGCGGCCGAGAGUCCGGUUCGCCCAGGGAGCCGUGUUUAUGGCCGCCUGCUCCGCCGGAGACCGGGAGGAGGUGGCGGUGCUACUCCGGCAGGGAGCUGACAUCAACCACGCCAACAUAGACGGGCUGACAGCGCUUCAUCAGGCCUGCAUUGAUGAAAAUGCUGAGAUGGUGCAGUUUCUGGUGGAGAGCGGGAGUGAUGUCAACAGAGGGGACAAUGAGGGCUGGACUCCUCUGCACGCUGCCGCCUCCUGCGGAUUCAUCCAGAUCACCAAAUACCUAAUAGAGCACGGUGCUCAAGUCGGGGCGGUGAACAGUGAAGGGGAGCUUCCUCUGGACGUGGCCACGGAAGACGCCAUGGAGAGACUUCUCAAAGGGGAAAUCAAAAAGCAAGCAAUAGACGUGGACCAGGCCAGAAAAGAGGAGGAGAGGGUCAUGCUUCAGGACGCCAUGGCCGUGCAGGCAGGAAGCGGGACCCUUACACCUCACCCCAACACCAAAGCUACCGCUCUGCACGUUGCUGCUGCCAAAGGCUACAUCGAAGUCCUGAAGGUGCUGUUAAAGUGUGAUGUGGACGUGGACAGCAGGGACAUCGACGGGUGGACGCCCCUGCAUGCAGGAUCUCACUGGGGGAAGGAGGAGGUGUGCUCCCUGCUGGCUGACAACAUGUGCGAUAUGGGUGCCGUCAACAAUGUGGGCCAAACACCUCUAGAUGUUGCGCAUGAGAACCUAGCGGACACUCUGGAGGAGCUGCAGAAGAAGCAGAAUGCCUUACGCAGCGAGAAAGAGAAACAGACUCCUGUUAUUGGGACCAGCCAGCAAAUCUCCAUGGUACCACUCCGCACACGCAGGACUUCUAUCUCUCGUAUGAGCAGUAAGGAGAAGAUCUAUCUCCACGAGCGGGAGAAGCACCCCCCUCCGGCCCUGCAGAGCAGCCCAGCUGAGGACGAGGAGGAGGAAGGGCAGACGAGACAGAGCCAGCCUCAGAGCCAGGGGAAGGCCUCGAGCAGCUCCAGCUCGGAGGAGGAGAGCGAGUCGGAGAGCGACGCGGAGUCGGAGAAAGCGAAGAACCGAGAGAUCAUAAACAACUUGAACAACAAACGCAUUGCUUCCAGCAGCGUGCUUCCUACCUCCGUACCAACAAGUACUGCUCCAAGCCAAGUGAAAAAGCAGGACCCAGGCAAGCCCCCCGCCCCCGAGGUCCCGGGCUCCUGGAGAACGUCUCUGAGGAAGGCAGGUAGCUCGAUGACUCUGGGCUCGGCUGGUCUGUCUGACACCAGCCAGGACCCCAUCAGACCUGCAGAGAGCGUGCUGGGCAUGACCCGCUCCGCCUCUAGCCCCCGCCUCAGCUCUGAGGCCGACACCAAGGAGCCUAGGCUGGCUCGGGUGCCGCCCAUCCCGACCCGGAGACUCUUCAGUAUCCCAGACGCCAGCCCUGACAACUCCAACAGCUGGCUAAGUCGUAGCUCCUCUUACACCCGGCGCCUUCAUAGUCAAUCAGGGAAUGACCUCACUAGUUCCACCCCCUCUUUGCUUCACAGCUCAUCUUAUGGAAAGAGACUGGAUGACCCCACCAUGACCUCAGCUAGCACAGGAACGAGCUCUGCUGGACUCGGCCGCCUCAAUAGUGUCUUGACCCAGAGACUUCCUCAGGAACAGACAGAAAAGAAGGACCUGUCUGCCGUCACCACCUCCAAUUCCCGAAGCACGACCACGGGCGAACAGGAGGCCAAGCAGAGGCGCAAAUCAUAUCUGACGCCGGUGCGGGACGAGGAGGCCGAGGCCCAGAGGAAGGCUCGCUCCAGACACGCCCGGCAGUCCCGCCGCUCCACUCAGGGGGUGACGCUAACAGACCUGCAGGAGGCAGAGAAGACGAUGAAGACAGACAACAAAGGGAGAGAAAAGAAGGAGGAGGAGGAAGAGAAGGAGAAAGAGAAGGACGCCAAAGCAAAGAAGGCAGAGGAGGGGGAAGUGAGCUGGAGGUCUCGUAUUGCCAGUCUGCAGAAGUCUGACCUGCUGGGCCUCACUCAGCCCGCCGGCACUCCGCGGCCUCAGGCGGCCGACAGGAGAGAUGUUGAGGCCAGCACAGGGGAGAGCGAGACAGAGCGAUGGGCCAGGGAGCGCAGGGAGAGGAGGCAGGCUCGGGCCAGGAGGAAGGCGCAGAGGACCGGGGAGAGUGAUGACAAUGAUCCCAGUGGGGAGGAAGAGUUCUCAGGCAGUGGGCUGGAUCCACAGACAGACCAACACUUGAGUUCCAGGUUUAAUGACUGCACCCAGGGAGGAAGCUCUGACGCCAAGGAUUUCAAGAAGCUGUUUGAGGAGGUUUCCAGAGAAAACAGUCAGCUCCAGUCUCAGCUGCAGGACACCCAGAGGACCAUCAGUCAGACCAGGUUGGACCUGGAGAAAGCCACGCAGAGACAGGAGCGUCUGAGCGACUGCUCAGCCAUGCUGGACCUGGAGAGAAAGGACCGGAGGAUGUUGGAGCGGCGAAUGGCCGAGCUGGAGGAGGAGCUAAAGGUUCUGGUCGACUUGAGAGCAGACAACCAGCGUCUUAAAGAUGAAAAUGGAGCACUGAUCCGUGUCAUCAGCAAACUCUCCAAAUAAACGAAAAGAGAGAGACACGAAGAGCAGGGAUCCCCCCCCUCCCCCCCUCCAUCCAUCCAUCCAUCCCUCCCUCCCUGCUUCCACACAUUCCUCCCAGUGCCAAAGAGUGAGAGAAAGAGAGAGGGGGAGAGAAGCAGCAGAAUGUCCUACGUACACGAACACCACAGCUUGACUUGGAUUGUGAACAGCUGGAGUGGCUUUGGUUUUGCCUUAGCGCCCGUUUGUCACAGGAAGACCUUUGGCAUGAAGGCCUGUGGCCGAGCUCCCCCAGCAGCAACAUGAGACCCACAGCACACAGAACAUCUACCACCACUGUGCAUCAGGGGAACAUUAACGUGCACACACAUUCCUAUGCGUGCAUCACAUACUUCCUCCAUGCACAUUCCACGAGCGCGAAAGGCAGCUUGGUCCUUAAAGCUCCCACUGAGUAUUUAUUUUUUUGUGAACACACUCACGUCACACAUUCACAAAUUUACCCCAAUCACAGUUCAAUUCUGACAUGUUGUCAAGCAAUGAAGGUUUUGAAGUUCUUUAUAAAAAAUUUAAAAAACUUGGCUUGUCUUUGCAUUCGGCACCGUCCUGACGACAAGGGGAAGUCCACAAAGCUCUGUUGGGUUGUUUUGUUUCCACAUGCAAGUGUUUGAACCCACCUACCUCUCCACCUAUGCACUUCCCCACAUAGUUUUUUAUUUUUGUGACCACAGACACACUCCAUGCUCUUAAAUAAUGACCAGGUCAGUUGACCACAGCACUUUACACCCUGCGGAGCAAUUCAAGAUUUGCCAUGCUUUGCCCGUCCUCCAGACAGACAAACGUAUGUCACAGCAGCACCCUCCCACUCAGUAAGUGGAAGGAGAAGUUACCGAUAGCUGAAGGUCAAAGGUCAUAGCACAAUUAUAAAGAAUUGCUGUUCUGUCAAUGCCUAUUAUGCUAUGAAUGGUUUUAAUUAUUACCAUUGAUAAAGAUAUUAUUUUCAUAGUUUUUCAUUGUCAAUUCCUCUCUUGCCAGGGAGCAUGAUUAUGUAUAUUGUAUGUGUAUAAAUAUUAGUCUUGAAUAAUACCCCCCUUUGAAGUAAAAUUCCAUGUAGCCUUUCUUCACAUGUUGGUUUUCUAAUAUAUUGAAUGGAUGUCCGCACCCCAAUAAAAAAAAGUGUUUGUA